GCUCGGGACGGACCCUGCUCCGCCGGGCUGGAGGGGCGGCGGGCCGAGGCGCCGUUUCGGCCGGACGUCAGCGCCGGGGUUGGCCCUGCACCUCUGAGGAGGCCGGGCCGCCGAGGAAGAGCGGGGUUUUGGCCGCUGCUCUCGGAGCUCUCCCGCGACACAUCAGCUUUCCCCAGGGUGGGGGGCUCGAGGGGCCCGCUCGGCCCUCCGGCUCCUCCUCUUCAGCUUGGGCGGCGAGCGGCCGCCGGGACCGCCCCAGGCGUGGCGGCUUGGGCCGACACCCCGCUGUAGGACUGUGACCCUUUGCCCCGAUGCCUCCACCAGCCAAGUUGAGUGGGUGCCGAUGGUCGGAGCUGCGGUGGUGUCCCCCCGGUAGCAAGUGCGGCCAGAACUCCGGGCACUUAAGUUUUAUGUGUGCAAGUUGCAAGGACCGUGUGUGAGUGUGGUAUAAUUUGGCUUCCUGAGAUUCUGCCUUAGCAAGAAAGAAGUGGGAAAUACUGUUGGAAAGAAAACUAGAGCAAUAAAAAUAUCAGAACUUAUUUUUACAUGGUUGUCAGCUCCCUUACCAAUAUGGACGCUUUUCCUCCUGGUGAAGACAAUGGACUGACAGAUUCUGAGUUCCAAAAUAUGGUAAUUGAUGAAAGGUUACGAUGUGAACAUCAUAAAGCUAAUUACCAGACCCUGAAAGCUGAACACUCACGGUUGCAAGAUGAGUACAUAAAGUCACAAAAUGAACUUAAACGCCUAUUAAAUGAAAAGCAAACUCACCAGGAAAAAUUUCAGCUGCUGUUUGAAGAGCUAAAAGAGGAAUUAUUAGAGAAAACCAAAGUCUUAGAAGAAAUAAAGGCACAGGUAUUAACUCCACAAAAAUUGGAAGUAUUAAGAUCUCAAAUACAACAAGAAUUAGAAAUUCCCAUGAGAGAACGUUUUCGGAAUCUGGAUGAAGAAGUUGAAAAGUAUAGAGCUGAAUAUAAUAAGCUUCGCUAUGAACACACGUUUCUCAAGUCAGAAUUUGAACACCAGAAAGAAGAGUUUGCGCAUAUUUUAGAAGAAGAAAAAAUAAAGUAUGAAUCAGAGAUUGUAAGACUGGAGAAAGAUAAAGAAGAACUACAUAACCAACUGCUUAGUGUUGAUUCCACAAGAGACAGCAAACGAGUGGAACAGCUUGUUCGAGAAAAAGUCCAAUUGUGUCAGAAAUUAAAAGGUUUAGAGGCUGAAGUAGCAGAAGUAAGGGCUGAAAAAGAGAAUUCUGAUGCUCAGGUAGAAAAUGUCCAAAGAAUACAGGUGCGGCAAUUGGCUGAGAUGCAGGCUACAGUCAGAUCCCUGGAGGCUGAAAAACAAUCAGCUAAACUACAGGCCGAACGCUUGGAAAAAGAGCUACAAUCAAGCAGUGAACAAAAUACCUUUUUAAAUAGUAAAUUACAUAAAGCUGAACGAGAAAUAAGUACAUUGACCAGUACAGUAAAAGAACUUAAACAUUCAAGCAAACUAGAAAUAACAGACAUCAAACUGGAGGCAGCAAGAGCUAAGAGUGAGUUAGAAAGAGAAAGGAAUAACAUUCAAAGUGAACUGGAUGGAUUACAGUCAGACAAUGAGAUUCUCAAAUCAGCUGUUGAACACCACAAAGUGCUCUUAGUAGAAAAGGAUCGUGAAUUAAUACGUAAAGUACAAGCUGCCAGGGAAGAAGGUUAUCAAAAACUUGUGGUAUUACAAGAGGAAAAGUUAGAACUUGAGAACAGAUUAGCAGAUUUAGAGAAAAUGAAAGUGGAACAUGAUGUCCUGAGGCAAUCGGAGAAGGAUCAGUGUGAAGAGAAAUUGCGGGCGUCACAGAUGGCAGAGGAGUCGGCCAGAAGGGAACUUCAGAGUAUUAGGUUAAAACUUCAACAACAAAUUAUGACUAUUGAAAAUGCAGAGAAAGAAAAAAAUGAAAAUUCUGACCUAAAACAGCAAAUCAGUCGUUUGCAGAUCCAGGUGAACUCACUCACACAGUCGGAGAAUGACUUGCUGAAUUCAAACCAAAUGCUGAAGGAAAUGGUGGAGAGGUUAAAACAAGAAUGCCGAAAUUUAAGAAGCCAAGCUGAGAGAGCACAACUAGAAGUUGAAAAGACAUUGGAAGAGAAACAGAUACAGUGGUUGGAAGAAAAGCAUAAGCUUCAUGAGCGUAUCACAGACAGAGAAGAAAAGUAUAAUCAAGCUAAAGAGAAACUUCAGCGAGCUGCGACUGCCCAGAAAAAGAGAAAAUCCCUUCAUGAAAACAAACUGAAGAGGCUACAGGAGAAAGUAGAAGUCUUGGAGGCAAAGAAAGAAGAAUUGGAAACAGAAAAUCAGGUGUUAAAUAGACAAAAUGUUCCAUUUGAAGAAUAUACAAGGCUUCAGAAAAGACUAAAGGACAUACAAAGAAGACAUAAUGAAUUUCGAAGUCUAAUUUUGGUUCCUAACAUGCCACCAACAGCAUCCAUCAAUCCUGCUAGCUUUCAGUCAUCAGCCAUGGUUCUAGGCAUGGAAACAUCCUUUCCUCAUAUGCAGGAGGAACAGCAUCAAAGGGAACUCUCUCUACUUCGCAAAAGACUAGAAGAACUGGAAACAACACAAAGAAAACAACUAGAGGAACUUGGACCUCCUGGGGAAUGAAGUUCUUGAGAAAGUCAGACCAAAAGAGGUGAAAUCAGUGACUCCAUAAAGCUUGAAGGUUUGACGUUUGUGGCAUCUAGAUACUUUAUUCCUGUUUGCCAAAAUACUUGAAUGUGCCUCAAGAAAAGGUACCAGCUACAUGCUGUAUUGCUUGACUAUCAAGAUUUUAGGAUUAUACUAAUGAUGACAGGUGAUGCAUUAAAAGAAAGUUUCAGAGAAAUUUAGAAUAUGUGACUACCCUUUGAGAAUGUAAAACAAAAAUUAAAAGGAACUAAUUAGGGAAUCAAAUGAUAAAAUUAUUUAUUAAUUUUGUUGAAUUUUUUUGCCUGAAAUAAGCCCCUCUUGAAUUCCCUUUUCCUCGUCAUUGAGAUGCUUGGCAAAAACAGACUCAAUAAACAUCUUCUGGUUUAUUAUAUACAAAAACUAUAAACUAGUUUUUGAAGAAAGAUGACAUUUUAAAAGUCAGCAUAAAAAAAUAAAUCUUAAAGGUAUCUCCAUUCAUUAUAAAAGGCUACCUUUUCUAAAAACUGUACGUAAUUUAUUAAAGAACUUAAUAUUUUUCUAA